UGAUGCCGUAGCUUCGGCAUGGGGGGUCUAUCCCGUCCUUGGUACUGUCUCAGAUUAGAUUUUACUUCGCUACAGAACAAUUUAUGUGAAAAUAUGCCCAUCAUAAUUCAUGCUAAUUAUCAAGUGGAGUUUAAAACGGAAGCCUGCAUCUUUUUGCUUACUCAAGAAAGCGACCUUUCUAGAAGAUGGAGGUGACUUGUGACUGACGGCUAUUUGAUUUAGCUUCCACAACAUGAGGACUGUCGAAAACAAUCAUCUCAAUGUACCAGUAUGAUUGGAGCGUCCAGUCUCUCGGGGGACACCCUGAUUGCGUGCCACUUACCGCUGCUUCCGAUUCCUGCAUGGCAGCUCCCUGUCCAAGCCCUGUGCGGUUCCAACAGGAGGCCUGGCUCCUCGGGUCUGCCCCGAGCUGCCUCCCUCCCAGAGCAAGACAGGAUCAGCCAGGAGCAUCCCAUUGCUCCCAGUUCUAAGAAUUUUUCCAACAGUUUAGGUAGUCUCAAUGAAGAUCGAGUGGAGGACGAUGAAGAGGAUGGCAACAGCGAUUGCAUCUCUGCCUCGUCGCCUGAAGAAACUGGAAAAGAAGAGAUCCGAGCAAGAGGAACUCAAAGAUCGCACAACUCAUUCCUUCCCAAUCCAGACCUGGAUGAGGACGACGACUACAGUGAUGGCGACAACCUUCACAAAUAUCAUGAGGAUUCAUCUUUUGUAUUGCACGGGACUUGCAUUUGGAACAAAAGCACUGAUGAUGAUGCGAUCGACAGGAACAUUGUCUGGGGUUGUGAGGACUUACUGCAGGCUGAAAGACCUCAUAUCAGCAUAUCUGACGUCAAUGCUUUGGUUGAAAUCCCAGAUCACAUCUCUUGCUGUAUCCACAACCAACACAAGUCUUCAUCAGAGAUGUUCCCCAAUUGUCAAACUGAUUAUGCUAGUGACUCCUCUUGCGGCAGCUCCGAUGGGAUUCUAGUGAAUUUCUGCACCAUGUACAACCGGAGCAACAACCCUGCCCUACUUCAUGACCUUAACAGCCCGGAGGCAUGCGGGUCCCAGUCAGCUGAAGGUUCUGUAUUCCUCAACCUCCAACCUCUUCCGAGUGAGCGUAAUGACCAAAUGAUGCAGAGUCCCUUAAAAGAGGACCCUUUAAAGACCACCUCUUGCUGGUCGCCUCAGGAUCUUGACUCAAACCACACUCUUUACUCCAUUGAACAUCAACCACCGCCAGGUCUCUCUUCUUUGGAGGCGUCUGACCUGAAUGCCUGUCUUCAAAGCCAAACAACACUGGUCACAAGGACCAACCAAAAGUACUACAAGCUGGUAACGUGUGAUCUUUUGUCCCGGUCUCCCAGCGGAACCUGGUCUAUCGACACAAGCUGCAUUGAAGAUCAGAGUAUCAGUGGCCCUGAGAACCACGUUAUCAGUCCAAAGGAUCAACAAAGGGAAUAUAUUAUGACCCAUGAUUAUCAUCUUGCCAGCACUUCUGAAGAGAACCCCCCCUCAAGAACAGACAACCACAUCCAAAACAGAUGCCAAAUGCCCUGUUUACUUUGCUUCAACCAUAGCUGUACAUGCCAAAGUACAAGCAGUACAACUGCUCCAAAACUUGGAACAUCAAACCAGGAACAAUGUCAAAUUGUAGAGGGGACAAGUUUGACGGGCUUGAACAAACCACAGAGGCCAACAUCUCUACCGAUCCAGCCUAUAGUGCUUGAUAAACGUCACGCUAAGACCCAACAGCUAGGUUGUCUAGUGGAGCAAUAUAUGAAACAAAAGAACAGCAAGAAGACUUGCAGCUCCCAACCAGGUUUAAAGCUUAAGUCAAAGCCAUAUCCAGUAGACGACCAUUUCUCUAUCUUCUUGGGGGAUUGUUCCAGCUCUGACACCUGCUCCACUUGCUCUCCAAGCCCAGACUGUGUCACCAGCCAAAAUAUGUGGUCUCAGCCCCACUAUAGUCCAAGGACAACCAAAACAAGUAAAGAUUUGAAUCAAACCAAUUCGAAAUUCAACCAAGACACACAUCCACAAACUGGUUCGGAAUUGCUCCUAGGCCAAUGCCAACCGAAGUUUGUUCGGAUUCCAACUUACCAGGAUCUUGUUAGCCUAUCAACCCCAAUAGAAAACCAUCAAAGACCUGGUCAGUCCCAUAACCAGAGCUUUUUUGAGUCAACUUACCCAGAUACGUCAGCUCAUAACAACAACCCUGAUCAAGAAAAUAUUCUUCCAAAGACCCAUCAACCUCAAGGCUUUAGUUUAUCAGCUGCACUUUCCUCAGUGGCCCCCCUUUCCUCUUUGGGUUCUUUGCUCUCAAUUGCUACUUCUGGUCUAAAACCUCAGCAAGACAUCAGUGAGGGACGACAUGAUGAACCUCUGCUCAUGAAUGACCUGGCGGCGACAGACAUCUCACCUGACACCUCGUAUGAGUCGCUGUCAAUCAGUCAUCUCCAGAGGAGAGGUUUGCUGAGGUCCGUGAGCAGAGCGGUGGACUUAAUCAUUGCUCAUUUUGGCAACAGCAGAGACCCAGAAGAAAAGAUCCGUCUCGGCAACAGCUAUCUGAGUGCUAUGAUGGCCAGUCUGGUUCUGGAUCACCUGUGUCCAGCCAUCCAGAAUAUCCUAGAAGACGGACUCAAAGAUCACAAAUUAGAUGUUGUCGUUGGUCAGCGCCGUAACUCCUCCUGGAUCGUAGUAGAAGUCUCAACCAAGCCUGGUCCAUCGACCAAAGCUCUCCACAGCCUGGUCUGCAAAAUCAUCAACUGUCCUCAGCUUAGCAGCCACAGCAUGAGGCUGAAGGCCUUCAUUAUGGGCUUGCUUAACUUGAGAGCUUUGGAAUUCUGGCUCGGUCACCUCCACAGUCAAAGACGUGUGGUGACUUCACAUUACCACGGUUGGGGCUUCCUGUCCAUGUCGCUGGGUCGAUGUCGGCCUUUGUUUCAGGAACUCCUGCUUCUCCUACAGCCGCUUUCCAUCCUGCCCUUUGAGCUUGACUUGCUGCUGGAACCAAAGUUGUUACGUAAUGGACAACCGUGCUCGCUGGCGGAGUGUCUUUCACCUUUCACGCCUUUCGCAGGCAACUCAGCCCGCCAGACCAAUUUGUAUUUGCAGGACAGUUCUAAGAAUCCAUCUUUAAAGGACUAUUGUGAAACCAGCAGGAGUCAGAUGGCUUUUACUCCUGCUCCAGAACAAAGGAUUGUGAGAGAAUGUUUGACAGUGGCAAAUGGCUCUAGCCAGAACUAUGUGGAAGCUGAAGCUCCAGUAAGCGUAGACUGCAGAAAAAUGGAGAAAGACAAUGGAGCCACAGCUAGUGUUGAGGUGGAGAGACCCUGCCAAGGUGGACUGCGCUGGGCCAAACUUUUUGGAGCUGCAAAUAAUUCCACCAGACUGCAAACUUCUUCUCAGAGUCAAGUCAAAGGGUGCGAUCGUCCAUCAAGGUGGCUGAAUCUAGACAGGUCACACUUCGGAUUCUUGACUGAAUCCAUCAAGUCAAUGAAGCCUUGAGGCGGUCAGACUGACAAAGACUGCUGUGCGAGUUUUUGAUAAAAGGUCUUCCAGACUCCAUCCUACAGCUAAGAACACAUAGCUCGGGUAUUCUGCUGCACUAAUCCCAAAGAACCCGUAGAACAAGAUUAACAGCUUUGGCAGCCACCCUCAUCCUUUGCUUAAAUCUAAACUAAGCCAGCUAUUAAAAAGUUCAUCAUUUAUUUUACUGUAUGUACCGAGUCUUUUUGAAAGGUUUUGACUAGACUGAUAGACUGACUCAUAACACAUGAUUUCAAGUUGGAGGUUUUCCCAGAAAGUCAGCGUUAGCCUGAAUCAGGUGUAGUGGCAGCAUUGGCACUAAUGCCCAACCAAGCAAUUAUGCCACAUAUCAAAGCAGCUUUUCGUCAACAAGCUGGUCUUGCCAUGACAGGUGUGUCAUCUAAUCUUUUAUUUAUGGC